CCGGGGAGGCGGGGGAGUCUCCGCGAACAAAGAGCGAGCGGCCGGGCUGGCAGCGCGGAGCUCGCACGGGAGGCAGCCGCUCACCUGGGCCGAGCCGGAGCCGGCACCGCCAUGCGGGGGAGGGCGCCGCCCGGGAGCCGCGGGGGCCCGGCCGCCUGAUUCGGGGGAGCCAGCGCGAGAGAGCGGAGCCGGCGGCGCUUCCCCCCCCCCCCCCCAUGGCAGCGACAGGCGGCUGCGGGUGAGGCGGGGGCCGCGGCUCGGGUCUCGGAGGGAGCGGUCGGCCGGCAGGGCCGGGCAUGGCGGGGGUCAGCUACUCGCCGCCCUGGUGGGUGAGUCUCCUGCACCGCCUGCCGCACUUCAGCCUGCGCUGGGAGGCCGCCAGCGCCGACUUCCGCCCGGAGGACGCCGAGUACCAGCAGGCCUUGUUGCUGUUCGGUGGUGUUGCCCUGUCCUGCCUUGCUCUGGAUCUCCUCUUCCUCCUCUUCUACUCAUUCUGGCUGUGCUGCCGCCAUCGAAAAAGUGAAGAGCACUUAAAUGCGGAUUGCUGCUGCACUGCUUGGUGUGUUAUCAUAGCCACGCUUGUCUGCAGCGCUGGCAUCGCUGUUGGCUUCUAUGGAAAUGGGGAGACCAGUGACGGCAUCCACCGGCUGACAUACUCACUGCGACAUGCAAACCGCACGGUGGCUGGGGUCCAAGACCGGGUGUUGGACACUGCAGUGGCCCUGAACCAAACUAUGGAGCCGAACCUGCUGAUCCUUGAGGAGAUGUUCAUGAAACAGACUGAUUACCUGCACGUCAUCCAGAAACUCCAGGGCCUCUUGGAUGAUUUGGUCAGGCAAACAACAGAGAUUCCUUUCUGGAAGAAUGAGGAACUGUCAUUAGAGGAACUGGCUGUUCAGAUUGAUCUAUAUGACUGGUACAGGUGGCUGGGAUACCUGGGCCUACUUCUAUUCCAUGUGCUGAUCUGUUUGCUGGUGCUCUUUGGACUAAUUAGAAAUUCCAAGGCCAUUCUCAUUGGGGUAUGUCUUCUAGGGGUGCUUGCUCUAAUUGUCAGUUGGGGAUCCUUGGGUCUGGAGCUGGCUGUUGCAGUGGGCUCCAGUGACUUCUGUGUUAACCCUGAUGCCUACAUCUCUAAAGUGGUGGAGGAUUAUGCAGUGCUCAGUACUGAUACUCUACGCUAUUACCUUGCCUGUAAUGCUGGAUAUCCAAACCCCUUUCAGCAGAAGCUGUCAGGAAGUCACAAAGCCCUGGUGGAGAUGCAGGAUGAUGUGUUGGAGCUGCUCAGGUCAGCCGUCAGAGAGUACCCCACCUCCAAGGAGUACCUUACUCGGAUACAGGAGGUUCUAAACUCCACCGAGAUCAAUUUGCAGCACCUGACUGCACUGGUGGACUGUCGUAGUCUUCAUUUGGAUUACGUCCAGGCUCUGACAGGCUUCUGCUACGAUGGAGUGGAAGGGCUCAUUUACCUGGUUCUCUUCUCCUUUGUCACGGCUCUCAUGUUCAGUUCUAUUGUGUGCAGCGUCCCACACACUUGGCAGCAAAAAAGGAGCUCGGAUGAUGAUGGGGAGGAGGAAUCUACUGCUCAAGGGAACAGACAAACCCACGAUAAUCUGUACAGGGUGCACAUGCCCAGCCUCUAUAGCUGUGGGAGUAGCUAUGGCAGUGAGACCAGCAUUCCAGCGGCCGCGCACACAGUCAGCAAUGCUCCUGUCACGGAGUACAUGAGCCAGAAUGCAAACUUCCAGAACCCCCGCUGUGAGAACACGCCUCUGAUUGGCCGGGAGUCUCCACCUCCCUCAUUGUAUUUGGCUGCCAUGGACAGUAGCAGCCAUAUGAGCUGGCAGUUUAAGCCCUCGGACAGUGCACGGACGUACUGGUAACCGCGCCCUCAAAUGGAACAGUACACCUCCAGCAUGAGAGCCAAAUACCUCGCUACCAACCAACCUCGCCCAGACUCUGGCAGUGUGCAUUAAAAACAACGCAGACACAAUAAAACUAAACAAACGUGCCAACUGCUGCUACUCUGUGCUGUCCGUGUAGAACAACCCUGCUUUCCUGUCCCAAACCCAGUGCAACUCCUGCUUCUCCAAUCCAGACCAUCCCUCCAACCUGGUACCUGUGCAUUGGCAAUCUGAAUGGAAGCCCCUUUCAAAUUAAACCUAUACCUAGUUGUACCUGGAGAGAGCGAGCAAGCAUCUGCGCGAGAUCACCAGUUUGUCUGGGAUUCACCUACUUGGGACCAGCUUUGUCAACAGUCUAUCAGGAAACAUUUGCAAAUAUUUUUACUUCGGUCUCCCCUACCCUCUCCCAUUCCACAGAAGAACUGGAUGGAAAAAUGUUGCAGAUCUUCAGUUCUGUGUGGUGAGCGGAGCUACUCAGUCUGUAGGGUACUGAAGAAGCAGAGGCUCCGAGCCCAUGGCUAUACUGUACAGAUCAGGAAAGCCAUGCCAAUGUACACGCUUAAAAUUCCGUGCACUUAGUCUUCUUGCCCGAUACCUUGUGCGGAGGCCCUCACCCUAUGUCACUGAAUACCUACUUUUAGCUGGGAGUCUGACCUGGGCUCCACUCUCUCCUCCGGUGACUUUAAAUAAGCUUUUUCUUUCCUCUUUAUAACCAGCUUUUGCAUUCUUGAGGAGUAGGCGGUUUUCAGCACCAGCCAGCUGUCCCGGAUGCACCCCUGCCUGCCCAUUGCGGUGAGCCUGACCUUUCUGCUCCAUCAGGGAAGCCCCGGUACUCACAGAUGGCAUUCUGGGCGCUGCUUUUGUGAGACUGGGUGCACACAGAACACACAGGAGCCAGCAAUUCACUUGGUGCCAAAUUUUUCCAGGAAAAGACUUGUAAGACUUAGGGGUUUUUUGCACUAAAUCGUUUCAAAUCUCUAGGGCAAUAGCCUGGCACUAGGUCUCAUGGGACAGUCAACUUGCAAGAGCAAGAGAGAUUAUAAGGUCCAGUGAACAUAUAGCAAUUGUGACAGAUUGCUGGACUCUUCCAUUAAUGUUUGGAGUAGAAAAGUCAAGUCUCAAGGCAUUGGCUUUAGAGGAGGAUCCCAGGGCCUCAGCCCAAAGCUCGUCAUAAGAGCAGCAAGGUUGCAGCCUCCUUGGUUCUGCGCUCCAGAAAACAAAAGUCUUAAAAUAUGAAUGUUUGGGGGUGGGGGGUUGGUUUGUUAGGUUUUUUUUUCCUGGUCAUAACUGCUAACCACUAACUGCCAUACACAAGGCACCUGUGAAUAAACUCCUAGCACACUGUGCAUGGGCCACGGUGCAAUGGAGUGUGCCUGCAGGGGGCAGCACCCUACACCAGUUCUGUACUUUCUGUUGAAGAAUGGUGCUCUACAGGACAUAAACCACUUUUUACUAGAAAAGACUCAACGCGCAGCCGUGCGAUAAAUGGAUAUGAACUUUGUACUCAAGUCGGCAAAAGAAUCGUCCUUUUGAAUUUUCCUUUCUGUGCAAGCCAUCUUAACCUAGUUGCUUAGGGAGACUUAAGCAAGAAACAGAAGUAAAGUACAAAAUCUCAUAAAUCGGAGGUGGGCCACAGGACAAACGUGGUUCAAAUCUAGCACCACAAUAUCUGGAUUGUAUCAAAGGAGAACUCCUUUCUCCUCUUUUAGUUUGCUCUGUAUAGUGAAUGUCCGUAAUGUGGACCAGUCAGCCUAGCAAUCUGCCUUUGCUCUGGACAAUGAUAUCAGACUGCUCCAGAUCUUGUCCUUUUUCCCUUUACUAAGGGUGAGUUAUCGCCACUCUGGGAACAUUUUGCAUAUUCCACGGAUGAUUAACUAGGAUGCCAAUACUUCCUCUAGGGGAAGUUACAUACUCCAAGAAAAGGGAUAUUUUGAGACCUCUCAAGGAGAUAGAAGCCACUAAUGGACUAGCCCCCAAUCUUUGGAGGAAGGGGGAAGAAAGAAGGAAAGAAAGUAGCACACUGACCAGUUUUUCCAGGAGAGGAGGUCUCAGGGUAAACGCUAGUUAUGUUCCAUCACAGAUCCCUUAAAGCCUGGUGUGAGCUGCAUGUGCGUGGUGGGUGGUAUGCAAGCAUGUGGCGCGGCUGGCUUACAAGCCUCUGGACAGUUGGAUGCUCAUAACAGCUGGUAUGAUCGAGUGGGGAAAACUGAAACCACACUUCAUGUUAGAGAGAAACAAAUCCCUGUUUUCCCCUAGUCGAUUGGACUAUUUCCCAUGUUGUCUGUCAGCCAGAGGCUGCCCAGACUCAAAUACUUCAGGCUUUUAGAUUUAGAAGAGCCACCCCAAAAUCUGCUCCAUGCCUCUCAGUAGCAUGGCCUUAGUCCUGUAAGGUAAGUGUUGGAAGAGCAUAAAGCAGGAAAUAAACUUCAGUCAAACAGGUGCAUCUGUCAGCAGCUUUUGCUGUACAAAGAACACAUGGGUUUUCCCACUGGGCCUUAGGAGAAGUCGGGUGCAGCAUGCCAGAGCCAGCAGUUUCAACGCUGGGAAUAACAGAGCCAAUACCUUUCAGUGCAGUAUCCAGGCUGGAAACUGCCUUAGCUUGCUUCCUUCCCAGGCUUAGAAUUUGUUCUGGACAGUACAACCGUUUAAGCUAACAGGGCUCAAAGGCUAUAGCCAGUUGCUGAUUGGAGAUCUGUGCUCUGUGACUUUAAAGUGUACCAAGGAAGAAUUCUGUGGGACACUGCACUCCCAAAUGGCCAAGAACAAGACUGCAGUGUGCUCUGUGUACUGCAUGGUUCCACCCCGGACUUCCUUUACUUGACAUGGAUUUUGCACUUUUGUAAAGAGUCACGGAGACCUGCUGUCCCACUGCAUGUGAUGCAGGGACCUCUCUAUUUUAACACGUUUCUAUUUAUUUUUUUAUAUGGCUCAUUGGGCAACAGUGUGGCACUUCUAGGGGUUGGUCCAAAUGGAUCUGCUGCAGAGCCAGUAGCAUGUGCUCAUAGCACGGGUGUGAAGCGAUCGAUGUAGUCUUAAGUGACCAGUCUGGUGUAGUCGGUGUGCAAACCCUGAACGCAUGUGGGCACAGCAUGGCCAAGGAGUAGACAUCUCAAAAUUCAAGAUCUCCCAGAAUCUCUCCCCUCCCCCAUCCCCCCAUAGGUGAACAGCAGGAGCUUACUGGCAGAGAGUAAUCUGUUGUAAGUGGACCUACUGGUUAUGGGAGUCUUAGAUACAGUGAGUAAAACUGGAGUGUCUUUUUUUUUUUUUUCUCUUUUUCCUCUUCUGUAAUUUGUAUUGCAUUUUAAUGUGUGACAUGUCCAUGCCAGAUCACGCCGAAUGUUUCCCAGCUGACUUCUCAACAGCACACAAUCAUCUCAGAAUCAAGCCACGUUAUUGCUUAUUAGUACAUGGCUCCAAAAUUCAGGGGAACUGAGAGACUCUGAUCUCCGGGCACCUGGCUGACCGCAAAACAGGAGGCAGCUCCUGUGUGGUUAGAAAGGUGACAGCAGCAAAGACAUUGUUUGCACUUAGGAAAAAAAAAAAGUCAUCGGCUUGUCUGGCUUGUUUGCUUUCUUUCCGCUCCAUCGUCGCGUACAAAUGAUGUUUUGAUUUUGGAACUGAGACCUUUCAAGCACACCAACAUCUCCACAAUGUGAAAUGUAAAUAGCAUGUUGGACUCUUGUGUCCCGUGUUCAGAACUGCAUUGUAACUGUAAAGGAAAUCGAAUCAAGACUUGGCUGUGAAUUUCUUGUGCUGUCUUGGGAAUAUAACUGUAGUGUUUGUAUCCUGUAUGUAAUAUUAACUGAAUUAAUUUUACUUGCUGAUAAAAGGGUUCAAAUGGAGAUCGCAGCAUCCAUCAUGUGACCAAACCUGACCAGGGGGAGGGGAUUUGAUUGCCCCCCAUCCUCUUUGAGUUCUCCCCAUUAUUAAUUAUUAGUUAUUAAUUUGUAUAGCCAGCUCUGUGGGCACAGGGGUGGUGUCCAUUUGAGUGCUUUGAACUGGCCGAUUUGCAUAAGGGGAGGUUUUGGAAGGGCCCCAGAGGAGGAGUCAUACACAAGUUGCCCUUAGAACGUGUAAUGUUCAUGUGCACAGUCCAGGCUUUCCCAGAAAGAUCAGCUUCCAUGGGCUGGCCUUGUGCUCUGCUCAUUGUUCUUGGCACUGUAAUGUGGGUAGCAGAUGGACACCAUUCUGCUGAGCAAGUGCCUACAUGGUACAAAUGUUUAUAUAGAUAAAACCCAUCUUUGACUCCUAGAUCCGGUUUCUUUCUCUCCCCGGGGGCAGUCAAGGCUUGAGGUUGGUGCAGAGACAGCACACUGCCCUUUAGGAGGGAGAAAUGGGAGAGCAUCACUCUGCUGACUGGGCCCCUUCAAGUUGAUUUAAGGGUAGGUGGGUUCCCAUCGUCUGUCAGAAGGGUGGUGGUUACAUGGCAGGACCUGGAGAGCAGAGGGAUGAAUGAAGCAAGGAAAUGGAGAUCCUCACGGUGCCUAAAGGGACAGUGUAGCUUUGGGGGAGAAGGGAACUCUCCUUGUGGCUUUUUCUUUCCCUGCUUUGCAAGGUCAUUCAUUACUAUCCAGGUGUAUCCUGCCUGGUAUUGGAGCAUCAUGCAGGAAGACAUUGGCUCCACAACCGGGAACUCCAGGAUCUGUUCCCUGAACGUGGCCAGAAAUCCAAAAGGAGCUGAGAGGGAGGGGGAGUGCAUGUUGGCUAUCCUAGCACACCUUCCCUCUAGCCCUUUUGGUUGUGUAUUUCUGCCAGAGCAGCCUGGAAGAGCUGGGACUGUGGGUGGGAGGCACUAGCACUGUGGACUCUCUAUUCCAGAGAGAGCGAGGCUCCUUGCUAGAGGCAGCCUGCAGCAAGGAGUAUUGAGGGAAGUCAGGCUUCCAACCACCUGCACUGGGCCAAGAAGCCACACACUCCCACAACUGUGCAGGGACACCAGCAAACAGAGUCAGGUGGAAGAUUCCCCCGCCAAUCUAGGACAGACUCUGCUGCUGGUCGAGAAAGAGGACUUGGCAGGGCACCCUGCCCUGGCCCUGCAUUUCACCCAAGAUGAUUCACCUUGCAUUCGCGGUCUCCCCGCCUUUAACUAGAGGCUGACAUCGGGGAGUGACCUAUGCACUGUUGGUGUGGUAGCAUCAGGAGGCAGAAAAUUCUAAAUGUUAUCCGUUCAUAAACUGAGAGUGGGCUGACCUUCCAAACAGAUGAGUGGAGCCUCCUGCUGCCCCUCAGCUAUCAGUGUGUGGCUCCACCAAGUGUGGAGAAGGAGAGUUGCCCAGUGGUUAAAGCGGAGGGCUGGGAGCUGGGACUCAUAGCUCUUACUCCAGACUGCUGCUUGUUUGCUAUGUGACUUUGUGGGCAAAUCACUUAGCCUCUCUGUGCCUCAGCUUCCCCUUGUAAAAAUGGGGGAUACCCACCGGUGGGGCGGGUUGGAGAUCGUUGACAGGAGGCAUGAUUUAAUUAUUUAUUUCUGAGAUCUGUGAAACUGCCCAGCAAUCUGAGGGCCUGGACAAAAGGAAAUGGAAAACUAUAGACCUGACAAUAUGCGAAGUGUGAAGUUUUAUUCUAGAGAGGGUAACUCCUACCAUUUCUAGGCGUUCAGUACCGCAUCUCUCCUCAUGCGAUUCCAAACUCCCUCCCUCCCACGUUCACAUUGCAGAUCAACCAGCAGACGUCUCCAGGGGCCUGAGAUCCAAAGGCAACUGAAGUCAAUGGAAAGACUCCUCUUGACUUCAGUCAUCUUUGGAUCAAACCCUAGUGGCCCAGCUGUUGAAUCAUAUGCCUCGGGUCCCUUGUUAGCAAAUGUGAGCUGGGAAAUCCCUGUGGGUUUAGUUAACGAUCAUCUUUAAGAUGGAAGUUUUUAAUUUUGUUUUUGACACUGUGCACGGAAACUUACUGGUGAACAUGUAACUGGCCUUUUUGUAAUUCUUUUGUUUUUAUUCUUAACCAUAAUGGCUGUAUAUCAUACCACUUUAUAUACAUAUAUGUAUAAUAUAUAAAUAUAUACUUUUUUUAAACCUUUGGACCUGCUAGUUCCUUUCAAGUAUUCCUGCACUUACCUAAAACGUUUUUAAAUUGUGAGGGUUAAACUGAGGAGUGAACCCAUUUUGUAUCUUUCCUUUUUCUUCUGUAGUUUUAUUGAUUGUACCGUAGCUAUUUUUUACUGUAAUUUUUGUUCUGAAAAUACUAAAAAAAAAACCCUAAAUGUAACUUGUGGUUUCUAUUCAGCUUGGGUUUAAUGUUUUAAAAUAAACAAAUGAAACUACAUA